GAUCUGUCUCCUAUUAUUGACUUUAAAGCUCCGAUGCUUUGACUUGCUACCUGGUGCUGCCCUUUUCCUGUCGCUCUUUUGCCUAGUGAUUGCAUCCUGUUCUGGCCAUUUGGAUCUGGCCUGUCGCACCUACCUCGACCUGAGCAGAUAGCCCUAUCUUGCUCUUACGAACCUUCAUACCUUCCGAUCUACCCCGGCUUAGAGUGCCAGUGGGCCUCCCUUCAUUAUGCGAUCGCUAUUGAUAUCGCCCUUGAUUGCCCUGUCUUUCGCCGCCUCAGUCUUCGCUGCUCCUCCGAUCAAGGCUGAUGCGCCCGCCCUUCCCCCAUCGAACUUUGCCCGAGAUGCUGUCUUGAACGCCGCGAGAGAUGCUCCCGAUGCUCCUGCGUCGCCCGCGAAAGAUCCGGAAGUAAAGGGCGAAACAAACAAGGAUCCCGUAACCGACGGUGCAGACUCUGGUCCCAAGGGCACUGUCUUCAACGGGCAAAGCGUCCCUCCGAUUCCUGAGCUCAGCGGUACCACCCUUGAUCAGGACAUUUCCAAAGGCACCUGGCUAGUCGAGUUCUUUUCACCCUACUGCCACCACUGUAAAGCCUUUGCUCCGACAUGGCAGACCCUGCACGAGUUCUACUACACCUCAGACCCUCUACCUGCCUCCAACAAGGAAUCUUCCGAUUCCCUCAACUCUUUCACCCGUUACUACGACUUCAAGUUCGCUAAGAUCGACUGUGUCGCUUUCGGUUCUGCCUGCUCGGAUCACAACAUCAACUCUUUCCCCACCGUGGUCCAGUUCAAGGAUGGAAAAGAAGUCGAGCGCAAGGUCGGUGCUCUGCCCAUGAAGGACGAGGUCAAAUGGAUUGAGAGCAUGCUCGAGACAAUCAAGCCUGGCUCAAGACAAAAGGAUGGCCCUAAGCUUCCCAAGGUAGGAGCAAACUCUUCGCCUGACUUCAAGGGCGCUGCUGUAGUUGGCCCUGCAAAGGAAGCCGAUGCAAUUGCUGAGGCAACCAAGUCUACCACUUCUACAACAUCGACCAAGUCCUUGCUCAAGGCCACAAAGAUUGCCAAGGAAACUGCCAAUCCUGCUGGAACCUCCGUACCUUUGACUGCUGAGACCUUCCAACAAAGAGUUACCACCACUCACGAUCCCUGGUUCAUCAAGUUCUAUGCUCCCUGGUGUCACCACUGCCAGGCUAUGGCUCCCAGUUGGCACGCUAUGGCCCGCGAUAUGAAGGGUAAGCUGAAUGUUGGCGAAGUCAACUGUGAGGUUGAACGACGCCUGUGCAAGGAUGUCAACGUCAAGGGCUACCCUACCUUGAUCUACUUCCAGGCAGGCGAGCGCAUCGAGUACGAAGGUCUGCGUGGCCUCGGCGAUCUUAUCAGCUAUGCCAACAAGGCUGUUUCCGCUGGCGAUGGUGUUGUCGAUGUUGAUGCUGGUGCGUUCGAGGCUCUUGAAAAGGAUGAGGAGGUUAUCUUCCUGUACUUCUACGACCAUGCGACUACUAGCGAGGACUUCCAGGCUCUUGAGCGUUUGUUGCUCAGUCUAAUCGGCCACGCCAAGCUGGUCAAGACCAAGGACCCUGCUCUGUCUGCCAGAUACAAGAUCUCAACCUGGCCUCGUCUGAUUGUGUCCAGAGAUGGCAAGCCGACAUACUACACUCCUCUGUCGCCUAGGGACAUGCGCGACUUCAGAAAGGUUCUGGGAUGGAUGCAAGCCAACUGGUUGCCUAUCGUGCCUGAGCUGACAUCCUCGAAUGCUCGCGACAUCAUGGAUCACAGACUUGUCGUACUCGCUAUCUUGAACCGCGAGCGCAAGGAGGAUUUCGUAAUUGCCAGACGGGAGCUCAAGAGUGCCGCUCUCGAAUGGAUUGACAAGGAGAUUCAAGCCUUCCAGCUGGAGAGACAGGAGCUUCGUGAUGCCAAGCAACUGCGUAUCGAAGAGGCCGAGGAUCGCAAUGACCAGCGUGGACUGCGGGCAGCCAAGCAGAUCAGGAUCGACAUGAAUGAGAUUGACCGAAAAGAGGUUGGUUUUGCUUGGGUCGACGGUGUGUUUUGGGAGCGUUGGCUCAAGACUACAUUCGGGAUUGAUGUCAAGGACGGAGAGAAGGUCGUCAUCAACGACGAGGAUAACCAACGGUACUGGGACCUUACAUCGACAGGCAAUCCAAUUGUGCCAUCGCGUGUUUCGAUCCUCGAGACGCUCCCCAAGGUGGUAGCAUCACCCCCAAAGAUCAGCCCCAAGCACAAGAACUCGUUCUUUGGGCACCUGAUCUGGACGUUACGUAGUGGCAUGUCUGCACACCCUCUCAUAACACUGGGACUGGUGAUUGGGCUGCUCGUUGGAGCCAGCAUCUGGGGUAGGGGGUUGAUCAGAAGAGGAAAGGCAUUUGGCAACACCGGAUCCUUCUUCACAGUGGGUAAUGAGAAGGACGGAUUAUUGGGUGGUGCAGCGACUGGAGGCAAGGUGGAUUGAAGUUGGUUAAGCAAUCUUUCUUUCUGUGCUAUAAAAGGAUAUUUAACGUUUUCUCAAUUCACAUGGCGAUGGAUUCAAUAAAUUCUGAUGAUGGAGUUGCGGAGUUGAAUGCGGAGGAGGGCGUCUUGGCGAACCCCCGAAGGUCGGAGGGUCAUGGAUGGAUAUGAUGAUUAGACAUUUGACGUUGCGACUUUCUCAGCAACUGCGCGCGGAAACAUGAGGGGUCAAUUGCAGUUGUCUCGAGUGCAGGCAGCACGCACCGCUGCCCAGUUCCGGCCGCGACAGACAUUCCGA